GCGGUCCGUUUACCAUCACAACGAUGGCUGCUUCGUCCUCUUGCAAUGUGGAAGACGACGAGAGCUUGAAGGGAUGUGAACUCUACGUUCAGAAGCAUAACAUCCAGCAGAUUCUGAAAGAGUGCAUCGUGAACCUCUGUAUAGCGAAACCCGAUCGGCCUAUGAAGUUCUUGCGAGAACACUUUGAGAAAUUGGAAAAGGAAGAAUGCAAACAGAUACUGGCUUGGCAGAAAUCCAAUUCGCAGUCAGAUUCUCACGAUGACGAAAUUUCCCCUCCACCUCCAAAUCCGGUGGUCAAGGCGCGGCGCAGAAGGGGAGGAGUCAGUGCCGAGGUGUACACUGAAGAAGAUGCAGUUUCUUACGUCAGGAAGGUUAUUCCCAAGGACUACAAGACAAUGACUGCUCUGGCAAAGGCUAUUUCCAAGAAUGUGCUCUUCGCUCACCUGGAUGAUAACGAGAGAAGUGACAUAUUUGACGCCAUGUUCCCUGUUACACACAUCGCUGAAGAAACUGUCAUACAACAGGGAGAUGAAGGAGACAACUUUUAUGUGAUCGAUCAAGGGGAAGUGGAUGUGUACGUCAACGGAGAAUGGGUCACCAGCAUCGGAGAAGGAGGCAGCUUUGGGGAGCUCGCACUCAUCUAUGGGACGCCUAGAGCCGCAACGGUGAAAGCCAAGUCGGACCUCAAGCUCUGGGGCAUCGACAGGGAUAGCUACAGACGCAUUUUAAUGGGAAGCACACUGAGAAAGCGGAAGAUGUACGAAGAAUUCCUCAGCAAGGUUUCCAUUUUGGGAUCGCUGGAUAAGUGGGAGCGACUGACCGUGGCCGAUGCACUAGAACCCGUCCAGUUUGAAGACGGAGAGAAAAUUGUUGUUCAGGGACAGCCAGGGGAUGACUUUUUCAUCAUCACAGAGGGCACUGCUUCUGUCCUUCAGCGCCGGUCUGAUAAGGAGGAGUAUGUGGAAGUGGGUCGGCUUGGGCCAUCGGAUUAUUUCGGGGAGAUUGCUCUCUUGCUCAACAGGCCUCGGGCUGCCACUGUGGUGGCCCGGGGGCCCCUGAAAUGCGUCAAGCUGGACCGCCCUCGCUUUGAACGAGUCCUCGGCCCUUGCUCGGAAAUCCUCAAGAGGAACAUCCAGAGAUACAACAGUUUCAUUUCCCUGACUGUUUAAAGUGAUCCCUGCCACUGCCUUUUACGUUCAAACUCGUGCACUUAAAAUCCGACCCGUGCCGUUCCAUAGCUUUGCGAAGUGAACGACAGACACAUCCAUUUGAUAUA